AAUGCCAAAAAUCAUCAAUAUGACAUUUCUUUGCACAUUAAACUCAUUGAAAUUGAACACACAGAUACCCUUCUCUCUCUAAACCCUAAUUUAAUUAUACUAAAUUGAAGUUUAUAUAUACUAUAUUGUACUUUUAGUAAUAUUAUUCUACAAUAUCUCACAAACUCAUGGGCUGUGCCUCUUCUCUUCCAGAUAGGAAUUCUGGGAGGUUAGGUGGUCUCAACAAUUCUGAUAACAAUGGAGUGUCUGAUGCAAAAAACCUACGUGUUAAGCUGGUAUUAUUAGGUGAUUCUGGUGUUGGUAAAAGCUGUAUUGUUCUUCGCUUUGUUCGUGGUCAAUUUGAUCCAACGUCCAAGGUUACAAUCGGAGCGUCAUUUUUAUCUCAGACAAUAGCUUUGCAAGAUUCUACAACAGUUAAAUUUGAAAUAUGGGACACUGCAGGACAAGAAAGGUAUGCUGCAUUGGCUCCACUUUACUACAGAGGUGCUGCAGUUGCUGUUAUUGUGUAUGAUAUAACAAGCCCAGAUUCCUUUAACAAAGCACAGUAUUGGGUUAAGGAGCUACAGAAACAUGGGAGCCCUGAUAUAGUCAUGGCUUUAGUUGGGAACAAAGCUGAUCUUCAUGACAACCGAGAAGUACCUGUUCAAGAUGGGAAAGAGUAUGCGGAGAAGAAUGGGAUGUUCUUUAUUGAGACAUCUGCAAAGACUGCUGAUAAUAUAAAUCAGCUGUUUGAGGAAAUUGCUAAGCGACUCCCCCGUCCGUCUCCAUCAUGAUUCCUGAACCAUGUAACUGAUACAUUUAGAUGGCUCCUAUUAUUGUGGGAACCUACCUGACUGUAUGACAUUUGUGUAUAUGGUGGUAUCUGUAAUCUUUGCUCUAUUUUAUGAUUUGGAGUCUGAUAUUGUUGUUUCCGCGAUAAUAUUAUAAAUUACACGGUACUUUGUUGAUAAAACAUCGCAUAUAAUAUGUUUGCAUUUACAAUCAAGGGAAGAAAGCUAUUUAAAAGAA